AUGUUACCUAAUGUACCACCAUUUAGAAAAGAUAAUUCUAAUAAUUUUAGUACUGAAUUUGAUCUAAAGAAAAAAAUUGGUGAAGGAUCGUUUUCCGAUGUGUGGUUAUGUGUGCAACGUAACAGCGGACGAGAAUAUGCAGCAAAAAUAUUGAAAAAGAAUUAUGGACAUAAAGUAGACGCUGAAAUAUGGAAUACCAUCUCCGAAGUAAAUGUAUUAAGCUCAUUGAGAAAACAUCCAUUUUUACUUAUGCUAGAAGAUGCAUACCACGAAAAAGAAACAGGAAAAAUUAUAUUAGUGUCAGAAUUAAUGAAAAAAUCAUUAUACGAUAUCAUAGAAAACAGAGAAUGUCCUCUAUCAGAUUAUAGAAUUAAAACUUAUAUGUAUCAAAUGUUGGAAGGUUUAAGAUAUUUGCACGAGAAUGGCUUUAUCCAUAGGGAUGUCAAGCCAGAAAACAUUUUGCUGAGAUCGCGGGACAAGCUAUUGAAAAUUGGCGAUUUUGGAACCACGUGUCAUUACACUGAUGGCCAUCCGUACACAGAGUACGUGGCAACUAGAUGGUACCGCUCACCAGAAUGUUUGUUAACACGAGGUUGGUACAAUUCAAAGAUGGAUAUUUGGGCUACGGGAUGUGUACUUUAUGAAAUAGCCACCGGCCAUCCGUUAUUCGAUGGUCGAGACGAAAACGAUCAGAUGGAAAAGAUUGACUGUGUAUUAGGCAGUCCAGACCAAAGAUUAAUUAAUAAAUUCAAGAAACAUAAAUCUGACGUGUUCGUUAAACGGUACAAGAAUAAACGAAAUGAGAGAAUCACCGGAGUUGGGUUGCAUUUGGUGUACCAACCAUACCGGCCUGCAUAUGAAUUAAUUAAAGAUAUGAUAGUUUACGAUCCAUCCAAGAGGUAUUCCGCAGAUCGAUUAUUACGAAAGGCAUAUUUUUAUGAGAUCAGAAAUACUAGGUAUGAAUAUAAAAUGAGAGAAUUUGAAAAAUCCCUAAGAAAUAAAACAAUAAACAGCUUAUCCAAGAACGAACAAACAUUGAACACAAUAAUUAACAGACAGUCUUCGUUAAUUAAAAAACAAGGUCCUGGCGGAGAUCGUCUACAAAAUGUGCAGACACGUCCGGAAAAUAUUGAAACAUUUGAUAGAUUAUCUGAUAUUAUUCAGAAAAUAGAACAACCUAAAUUGGAUAAAAAUAAUUCAAAUUCGCAUAAAAUAUAUUCAAACAUUAACAUAAAAAGUACUACAAUUCCAAAACCAGAAAAUAUCCACCAAAAAAAUCGAAAACAAAAGCCAUCAAAUAAAUGUUCAAAGGAUAAUAUAAAAGAUAUUCCUCCAGUAAAACAAAUGUUAACAACCUCAGUAUCGGCUUUAAACAAAGGCUCAGUAAUAAAAAAGGUUAGAAAUAAAUUUGUCAAUCGUCCACCGUUCAAAUGA